AUGAAUUAAUAUUCUGACAUUAAUAAUUAACCAUAAGGAUAAGGAGAAGAACCAUAAGAACUGCAUGAACCAAACUCUCAAAGAUAAUAAAAUGAAUCAUCAGACAUUUAAAAUGAAAAUGAAAAGUAUUGUGGAGGUUUACUCAACAGAAGUGAUCACAUCUUAGUCAAAGCAUUAAAACUAAUUCUUGCAUUGCCUCUCUUACCAGUAGUGCUAAUGUGGAGACUACUCUAAUGUACAAUGAAUCUAAUAAUUGAUUGCUGCACCAAUCAAAUCUAUAAUUGCCUACUCUACAUUUAUGGAAAAAUUGCUUAAUGCUUAUCGUGGUUAUCUCAUAUACUCUCAAUCAUUUUCAAUUAUAUUUACACCUGCUUGACUUUUAUUUGCAAUUAAAUACUUGAUGCUAUCUAUUUUUUAGGCAGAUGCUCUAAAUAUAUUCUGGACUGGUAUGCAAUAUUUAUCAUUAAUAUGAUCUUCAAAUUUGCUCAUUUGAGAUCAAUAAUCCAAGAAUUCACUUCAUUCAUUACAAUCCCCUUGUCGUUAAAGAUUAUUGUACCUUUGGCCAUGUGCUUCUAUAAUAACAUCUUUAAUCCAACUAAGACUGCCAUUAUAUACAUUGUGACAAAGAUGUUGCAAAUCAUAAGAAUAGUUAUAAUAAAUCUUUAUGAAUUCACAGUCAAUUAUAUACUGAUACCAUUCUAUGAUUAUGUCAUAUUGAGCUCUUUGCGUUUUAUGAGAUUCCUGCUUGUUGAUGUCCUCUACAAAACCAUUAUUAUUAAUUUCUGCAAAGGGUUGAGAUGGGUAAUUAGCAACUUUUACACCUAUAUUUUACUCAAUAUUUAUGAAUAUCUACUGGUUAAAUUUUUGUAUAGAAUUGUAUUAACAUACACAUAUAAGGCUGUAAAAUUUCUCUUAUAUGACUUUCUAUACAAAUUAAUUUUGAUUCCAACCAGCAAAGCAGUCAGAUGGAUUGUAAUAGAUUUUUUUUAUGAGAUUCUAAUAAUCAAAAUAUGUUAACUUUUACGAUUUAUCAUUGUUGAUGUGAUAUACAAAAUUAUUGCUAAGAUAAGUGAAUUCAUUUAUUCUUAAAUCUGUGUGAAUACAUAUAGGUGUUCCACUUGGAUCAUAAUAGAAAUAAUUUAUAAGUUGAUUCUUAGGAAUAUUUAUAUUUAUAUCCUAAGACCACUCUACAAUAUUCUUGUAUCAAUUAUAAGAAUCAUCUCCACUAAUGUAUAUAGAUUUUUAUUAUUGCCCUUUUGGAAUUUGAGUAAAUAUUUGUAUAAUGGUUUAAUAAGAUUAAUUAGGUUAACUACAACAUUUAUUUAUGAUUAACUUUUGACUCCAAUGUGGACUUUGAUUGUCAGUAUAACAAGAGGGUUAUUAAAUUUAAUAAAGAAUUUGUUUACAGCUACAAAGCAACUGUCAAUAGACUUGUGGAUAGCAAUAAAAACUUUAGUUAGAAGAAUUAGAAAUAUAAUAUGA